AGCUAGGCGCUACCCGAUGUAUUGCGCUGCCCCUGCUGGACGAAUCACGUGAUUAAUCAUGGCAGCAGAGAUCCACUCUCGGUCUCCUCACGGCCCCGUCCUUAUUACUAAGAUUCCCGGACACCGAGAGCUUGUAACGUCCGCAAGUUUCAUACCGCGGGAGGAUGGCGUGAUCACUGCGAGCGAGGACAGAACGUUACGAGUAUGGCUGAAAAGAGACAGUGGACAGUACUGGCCUAGCAUCUAUCACACUACAUCAUCACCCUGCACGGCACUCAGGUACGAUCACGAAAGCAGAAAGAUAUUUCUAGGGCAGGAUAAUGGAGCCAUUGUGGAGUUUCUCAUCUCUGAAGACUUUAACAAAAUUAACUUUGUGAAGACAUACCCAGCACAUCAAAAUCGGGUGACAGAAAUAAUCUUCUCUCCUGGACCUGAGUGGGUGAUCAGCACAGGGCAUGAUAAAUUUAUCACCUGGAUGUGCACUCAGAGUGGAGCCUUGGUAGGCCGACAUAGCUUCACUUCCUGGGUUUCCUGUCUCCAAUAUGAUGAGGACACCAAAUAUGCAUUUGUGGGAGAUUUUUCUGGCCAAAUCACAUUAUUGAAGCUUGAGAAAGGUAGCUGCUCUGUAAUCUCUACACUUAAAGGACAUGAAGGUAGUAUAUCUUGUCUCUUUUGGGACCCUAUCCAGAGACUUCUCUUCUCUGGGUCUUCAGAUCACAGCAUUAUCUUGUGGGACAUUGGAGGUAGACAAGGGCGGACACUGCUCCUCCAGGGACACCAUGACAAAGUACAGGGUUUGUGUUAUCUGCAACUUACGCGCCAACUGGUUUCCUGCUCUGUGGAUGGUGGUAUUUGUGUCUGGAACAUGGAUACGGAAAGAGAAGAGGCUCCUCAGUGGCGAGAAAGUGAUUCUUGUCAGAAAUGUUCGCAGCCUUUCUUCUGGAACAUAAAGCAGAUGUGGGACACAAAGACAAUGGGGCUACGACAGCACCACUGCAGAAAGUGUGGGCAGGCUGUGUGUGGGAAAUGCAGCUCAAAGAGAUCCAGUUACCCCAUAAUGGGUUUCGAGUUCCAGGUCCGAAUGUGUGAUUCUUGCUAUGAGACCAUCAAAGAUGAAGACCGGACACCACUAGCCACUUUCCACGAGGGAAAACAUAAUAUCUGUUACAUGACCAUGGAUAUUCCACGAGGGCUUAUGGUGACAUGUGGGACUGACCGACUGUUGAAGAUUUGGGACAUGACCCCCACAGUGGGGAACAGUUUGGCCACAGGUUUUACUCCGCGUUGACUCUACAAUCUUCUUUCAUCCUGAGCAAUGCACCUUAUAAACAGCAGGAGCGCACACUAACACGCCCAAGCUACCGUCCACUGAUUUUCCUCUAUGUACCUUGUAGAAACAAGGCAACUUGAAAAGCAAUGGAGUUAUUCUCAAGAGUGGGUGCCUUAUACUCCAGGGAAUUUCUCACCCGUUCAGUACCAGGACCAUUGAGGAUCCUUCUAAUUUUAGUUAGAACCAUACAGGAUGUAUGGUGUACUAAAGUCAGCCUAAUGUAGCCAAUUAUUAAUCACUGUGUAAUGAUUCAGGAUAUCUCAAAAAAAUCUUUUGACCCUUGAUAAAACACUGUAUACUGUGUAAUAAGGUUUAUAUCUAUUUUAACCUGCUGGCCUAAAAAGAUGCCCAGUCACAAAUACUAGCUCUAUAAUGCAUUUGUUUUCCAAACUUCUCUUUAAGGCACAAUAGUUGUUUGUGGUAAUUCUAGUUUGUGCUGGUGUUUUGAAGGCAUUCAAAUAUUAAAUGUGACAUAAUCAGUCUUUUAAUAGUGUUUACAAAUAAAUUAACUGAACUAUUCUAACCAGCAUAUAGAUUGAUAUCAAAGCCUUUAUGUUAGCUUGUAAUGUGGGAUUGUUUCGUUGGUGCAGGUUGUCCAUUUUUGAAGCAAUGUUCACUUAAUCAAUCUAGUAAUUAAUAUAAAUGCUUCCUAUUGGCUGUUUUAUUGUGCACUUUAUCAUGAACCACGUAAGCCUGGGCUUUCCCUUGGUCCAUACGUUGUUCUGUGUUUUGGAUGGAAUUAUAUAUAAAUUGAUACAUACAGAGGAAUUAAGUUCGUUGACUUACAAGAGCAAAUUGCUUGAAAAACAAAUGUAAGGACCAUAAGAGUGAAGAUAAUUGUUUUCUGUCAAAUUUAGCAAAAUGCCACAUUUAAAGGUAGAGUAAAGCCAAAAUUUUAAGUUUUAUGGUCUAGACAAAGCAUGUAAAUUGUAAACAGAGGUCUAGUUUACUUCUAUUAUAAAAUGUACUUUGUUCCCUUGGUAUCCUUUGUUGAAGAGUGUGUGCACAUGUCUUUGGCAUUCUGUGGCAGCAGUGUUUGCAAGUUUGUAUAACAUUACUACAAACAUUGUUGUAAACACUGCUGCCAUAGAUUGCUAUAGAUACCAAGAGAACAAAGCAAAUUUGAUAAUAGAAGUAAAUUGGAAAGGUUCAAAAUUGUAUGCUCUGUAUAUACCAUAAGUUUACUGUCCCUUUAAUAACAAUCGUAUUGCUCACUUAUUUGCAAACUGGAGAAAGUAUUCAGUCUACCGGUUUCAUUCCAUAUUUCUGUUGGCCACUAAGAAGGUUUAUGAUGUGCAAAGUGAGUAUAUGCUAUGGGAGUCUAAUGAAUUCCUGGAGUAAAAGAAACAGGCCUUAAAGUGAAGGUAAACUUUGGUGAAUGAAAGCCCGUUUUUUAAAAAUACUAUUAAAAACAGGGGCACUUUCAUUCAUCAAAGUUUACAAAGUAGCCGUUUUGAUUAAAAACGUACCUUUUUUUCUUUUCACCCCCAGAGCAGCUUCCCCCUCCUGGAAAUCCUCUAUUCACACGUCAUCAAUGACUAAUCCGACUUCCUCCAAUCACGGCUUUCCCCCCAGGGUAGUCAUUGCCUGAGGCCAUGCUGUGAUUGGAGGAAGCCGGAUUAGUCAUUGCUGACGUGUGAAGAGAGGAUUUCCAGGGGGGGGAAGCUGCUCUGCCUGUGAAAAUAAAAAAGGUUUUUAAUCAAAACGGCUGCUUUGUAAACUUUAAUGAAUUAAAGUGCCCCUGUUUUUAAUAGUAUUUUUAAAAAACGGUCUUUCAUUCAUCAAAGUUUACCUUCACUUUAAAUGGCCUCUUUCAGUACUGUUUCUGAAAGAUUUCAGUGCAAUUUAUUAUCCUAAUAAACAUUUCUAAUAAAUUUGUAAUUAGAGAAUAUAUUGUAACUCUUAAAAUCAAGAAACCUUUAAAAUAUCACGACAUGUAAUUAAUAUACAAGAUAAUUACAUUGUUAUUUUUAUGUGAUAAGUUCCCUAUGUGGUUCAUUGUUUCUAAGUCUAGGUGGUGCUUUAAGUAAUUUGAUAGUAAAUCAAGUUGUUGUGAAACCACGGUACUAACAAUUUUAAAGUGUAUUUACUAGCUUUGCUUUUUAGCAUCACUAAAUUAAUCAGAUAUUCUUAUCCCCUGCUUUAAGAAGUUGUUUGGUAACUGUUUAAAAAGAUAUAUAUCAAAAGACAACCAAACAAAAAUACAGGAAAAUUAAUAUAGUUUGACUGUCAGAAAUAAAGUUUAUUUGCAUAUAGUCGAAAAUCUGAGGAAACACCGAUUGUUCUUGUGAUAUAUUUUAUAUUGUAAGUAGCCUUUGGUAAAAAUUUCACUGCUCUGUUUACUGAUUUGCAAUAUAGUUAAUACCUUAUUUUUUUUUAAAGGAACACUGAACCCAAUUUUUUUCUUUUGUGAUUCAGAUAGAACAUUCAAUUUUAAGCAACUUUCUAAUUUACUCCUAUUAUAAUUUUUUUCUUCGUUCUUUUGCUAUCUUUAAUUAAAAAUGAAGGCAUCUAAGCCUUUUUCUUAGUUCAGACCUCUGGACAGCACUUUUUUUAUUGGUGGAUGAAUUUUUCCUCCAAUCAGCAAGGACAACCCAGGUUGUUCACCAAAAAUGGGCCGGCAUCUAAACUUACUUUCUUGCAUUUCAGAUAAAGAUACAAAGAGAAUAAAGAAGAUUUGAUAAUAGGAGUAAAUUAGAAAGUUGCUUAAAAUUUCAUGCUCUAUCUAAAUCAUGAAAGAAAAAAUUUGGGUUCAGUGUCCCUUUAACUGUGACGUUUGGUAUACACAAAACUUGUGAGGUGAAAAAGCAGUUCCAUAUUAGAACAUUAAAAGAAUAACUGGUGCCAUUGCCUGUACUUACAUUGGUAAGAUUUAUAUGUAUGUACCAUGGCAUAUCCUUUUCUGCAGCAUUGCCGUCUCACCUUGGGCAAUUAUAAUCAAGCAACAAGACUUCACUGUGAUGUCCACAGCUUAUGCCUUUUUAUGUACAUGAAAAUGUAAUGUUAGCUUAGCCAAGAAACCGUUAUUUUUCUUAGUUAAAGUUCUUACACAAUAGAAGGAGAAAGUAAAUGAAUAGUCCUUAUUUUGGAAAGGUAUUUUUUAAGUUAUGCUCCUGGAAGAAAGUAAUUAAAAAUUGCUGAACUAGUAGACAUUAAGAUCUACACAGAAUACAUACCUCUAAAGCCCAAAGAAUGAAAUAUUUACAUUUUUAUUUUAUAUAAUAGAAGUGUCAGAAUACUACAGUCUUAAACUGUAAUGCAAACAUGCCAUAUAUAUUGUUUCUUUAGAACUGCUAAUACCCCAUUUAGCAGUAUCAUAAAAAUAUUUUACUUUCUGUGGUACUCAAAUGAGUGAGACUUAAAAAAAAAAGUGCCACGUAGUGCUACUACAGCAUAUAAUUGUGGAUAACUUGCAAUUAAAGUAAAAAUACGAUUCGGUUUCCCUUGUCAUGUAGAAUCCUGUUAAUGUUUCCUAUCAGAGUUCUACAAAGAUUAUUUGCCAUUUCUGGUGUAUGGAAGUUUACAAGGAUUAUCCUACCUAAUAAAAUGAGUCCGUAAAAUUAAAAGAAAAAAAGUCAACAUUUUAGGUAAUCAUGUAAGUCAUGAUUAACUUCUAAAGGAAAGAGACAUUUUAAAUAAAAAAAGAAAUAAAUACAAAAACAUAUAUAUUCUAAUAAGGAAACCAUGUGCUUUAUUUAUAUACUGUUUUAAACAAAUAGAGGAAACAAGCUUAGUGGGUUUUAUUAGGGUGGCUAGAUUACUGCUGCAGGACUGUAGAAUGCUAUUUAUUCCACAGAUAUGUUCCUUUCCAGCAAUACUAUCCAAGCUGCUUUCUCUUUCUAGAUUGCCGCAUACAAAAUGAUUCCUCACAUAUACUCAACUAGUUUCUGAAAACUGACUGUUGAAAAUGUUUUUCUUUUGACUAUUGUCAAUAUUUUUUUUCUAAUAAAAUUCCUCAUUUCUUUUUGUCAA